UUGAUCUGAGAGGAAGCAUCAUAAUAAACUCAACAAUCCGCUGCAGUUGUGCAUAAUACAAGUGAACUUUCGAAAUUUUCAAAAUGAAUAAAUCAUCUCUGAUUUUGUUCGCAAUUUUUGCAACUUUGGUAGUCAGUGUCUACAGUGCCCCGGUGCAGGAAGAACUAGAAGAAGAUGAAACCGGACACGUUAUUGUGAAAAGAGCGACUUGCGAUCUCCUGAGCUUUGAAGUGGCUGGAGUUGCAGUGAACGAUUCCGCAUGUGCAGCCCAUUGCCUCACUCUGAAGAAAAAGGGAGGACGAUGCAAUGCAAACAAAGUUUGCGUGUGUCGCAACUAAUCCACUCCCGACACGAUUUGCACACAAUUUUUGGCAAUAAAAUACACUUUUUCUCAA